AUGCACGAGCAGAAGACAGAGAGAGCUGCGCAGGCGGCUGCUGGAGCGCGGGCGGCGGGAGCCGCCAGCAGCACCGCCGCCGAGCUGGCCCGCUGGCGGGAGGUCGUCAGCUGCGCCGACGACCUCUGCCGCGAGGACUCCGCGGCGGUGCUCCGCGCGCUGCUCCGCGGCGAGCGCGCCGUGGCCGAGCACCGCCGGGCCGAGCACGCGUGCGCGCGGCGGUGGGCCGCGUGGGCGCAGGAGGCGCAGCUGCUGGCGGAGCGCGGCCGCGAGUCGCGGGCGGAGGUCAGGAGGCUGCGGGGGCGCUGCGAGGAGGUGGGCGCCGCGGCGGGCGCUCGGCGCGCGGGGCUGUGGGCCGAGCUGGAGGCCGGGGUCGUGGGCGGCGACGCGGACGGCGGCGGCGUGGAGGCGGAGGAUCCCGAUGGAGACUGCGACGAGGCGCGGCGGGCCGCGCGGCGGGUGCGGGAGCGGCUGGAGGAGCUGCUGGCCGCCGCGGUCGAGGCCCAGGCGCAGAUCGGGGCGCACGAGGACGAGGCCGCGAGGCUGGCGAUGAAGGCGCGGCAGGCGGAGGCGAGGCUCGCCUUGUCCGAGGCCGCGUCGCGGGAGGCGGAGGCCGGCGACGCCGGCGGCGGCGACGCGCGCGGGGGCGGCCGCGCCGCGGACGUGGAGCGCAUCGUCGACCUGGAGGUCGAGAACGAGCUGCUGCAGUGGCAGCUCCUGGGCCUGGAGGAGCGCGCGCGGCGGGCGGCCGCCCCGCCAGCGCGCCAGGGGCUCCCCGCCCGCGCGCGGGCGGGGCAGCCUGCGCUGGCGCCGGCCGCGCCCUCGCCCGCGCCGACCGCCGCGGGCCCUGCGGCGGCGGAGGACGCUGGGCAGCGCAACCCUGCGCAGCCGGGCUCCCAGCAGCUCGAGCAUGCAGUUCCCGCGCCGCGUGCCGUGGGCACCCAGCCGCCAGCUCCGCCGACCGAGGCGGCAGCCGUGCCGUUGGCAGACCAGGACGCUGGGCAGCGCAACCCAGCGCAGCUGGGCUCCCAGCAGCUCGAGCAUGCAGUUCCCGCGCCGCGUGCCGUGGGCACCCAGCCGCCAGCUCCGCCGUCCGAGGCGGCAGCCGUGCCGCUGGCAGACCAGGACGUCGAGACGGCAUCCUUCUCGGAUGGAGUUCUCGCCGCGCCGCCGCCGCCAGAAAGCGAAGGCGGUGCGGACCCGCCCCUGGAGAGCUCCGUACAGGCCGCCGGCGAGGAGGGCCAGGGCGGGGCGCCAGAGUCAGGACCGUCUGCCCCGGAGGUGCAGCAGCGGCCUGGCGGCAGCCUCAGUCUGCAAGAGCGGCUCGCGCUGCCGCGGGACGCGCGCCGGCAGCUCGCGCGGGAGGCCAGUGCCGCCGCCGCCGAGCAAGCCGCCUCGUCGCAGCCCGCGCGGGCUCGCAGCCGGGGCCCGAGGCCUCGCCACGAAGCCACUGGGAGCCUCGGCAUCUUCGACCAGGCGCUGGGCGCCGGAGGCACCGCGGCGUGGGGCGGCAAUCGGUGGUUCGAAGAUGGG